AGAGAGAGGGAGGGACUUUAUAUUUUAAUUGAUGGUACAUUUUUCGGAUAUUGCUUUAUAAAAUUAGUCUACAAAACUCUCUUUUCAUUAUUCUUGCCGUGGACGUGGUGGUUGUUCUUGUCAUGUUAGUAUUAUUUGAACUCCGGGGAAUGUUAACUUGCGUGAACGGUUAACAGGAAGUAGAAUACCGGAAAUUCAGUUAUCGUGUUGCGUUUCAGGAUAGAACCGCCCACCGGCGUCACGGAGACCAGAAACACUCGUAACCACCGAACGGUUAUCCCGAACCGAACCCAGUUCCCAUUCCCAAAACUUUGCAAUCAGGUUUCAUGACGCAUAAUAAGGGCCUGCAUUAACAAAUUGAUAUAGAAGUUAGUCGUAAUGUUUCAAUGAGGAGAGGGAUGCAAGAGGAAAUGUUGAUGCUCCUUGUGUUAAAACAAACAUAUUAUUAUAUGACCCGACUGCAAACAGAUGUGUCACCGAUCAUCUGAACGGUUACCAAAAGGUAGGCCUACGUACUAACGUUGCAUGCUAAUUGUAUUGCAAUGUACAAUAUACCGAAAUAUGUAUCCUUACCAGCAUUAUAACAUGAACUUUGUACAUAUGUCAGUACUCUGUUACUACGAUGGUUAAAUUACAUUUGAUGUGAAACUGACACUAUUGUGUGGACCAGGCCCUCGGGGUCAACAGCUUGUAACCCCCGCUGAUACGUCAGUGGACCACCCGAGAGAAAGAUAUGCGAUUUCAAAUGAGAACAACUCUAUUACAAUGCAACUUAAUAACCCGAUUAUUUCAUUCACUUUUAAAAUUCGUUUUAAGGUCUUUGUAGCCCAUAUUUCCAUCUGCAAUAUCGAGCCAUACUAUCGAGGGCUUUAGCUCCCGUUUAUCUUUACCUUUAUGUUUGAUUAUGUGCAGAAUCAACCAAGGAGCCUACAUGUGGAUGAUUAACUUGCAGGGACCAAUUAGGUGACUUGUUUAUCUUGUACACAAGAAACUGUUACCUAUUAUUAUGUUAUCUACCUUGCAAUUCAGGGAACACUUUGCUCAUACAUGCUUUAUAGCCGUUUGGACACUAGAGGUCAGCAUUUUACAGGGUAGGCCAGUCUAUGGGCUUACAACAGGAUGCGUGCACUCGGAUAAUGUAGGGCAACGUUGCAACGUAUCUGUCUUGCAACGGUCAUUACUUGCCACGACCGACAUUUGUGUUUACAUAUUAAUCACUCGAAUGUGGAAAUAAAUUGAGAGUCACAUUCUGUACUUUUCAGGCCCGGCUAGCUCAGUCGGUAGAGCAUGAGACUCUUAAUCUCAGGGUCGUGGGUUCGAGCCCCACGUUGGGCGCAGUACUUUUCUCACCCCUAUGAAACAGUGUGUCUUGUUAUUCCUCCCCUCUCACGUUAAACGAGUUAGAUAGGAUACCAUAACAACAAAGCUGACAUAUUCAUGGCACACACCCCUAAUGUAAAGAGAAUGUGAUGAAGGUUAUACACUCAAAUCAUUCAACAAAAUGAUUCGAUUUUCCUUCCUUUAAUGGUGAAUAUAAGAUUUUUUCUGAACAUGUAGUUUACUUACUCAUUUAUUUUAUAUGGUUAUUAGAGGUCUAUGGGUUUUUAGAUCUUAUACAUAAAAUAUUUAUUGUACAAUUGUAGGCUUCCACAUAGUGGGCCUUUUUAAAACCUUGUAUAAUUGGACAUGUUUGGUCUUUGUAUAUCGUGUAUAGCUGUAACCUCUAUUUCCUCUGAGGAGUGAGAAGGAGGGAGGAGUUAGACAAAGGCCCUAUCCACACAAAAAAAAAUGGAGGCUUGUGCAGUGCAUGGUGUCCUGUUUUCACAUUCUACAUGCUGCCAAUUCUACCUCUGUAGGUUCCCAAAUUAAGCAGCCAGCACCAGAUGCAACCUUGGAAAGCGUCACAGUAAUGGUUUACAGGAGCUGCCCCUGCCUGCGCUGAACAAAGAUAAUUACUCAGGAAACACAGCGGCCAAUGGGGAGCCGCCUUGCAUUCUGCCUGUGAGGGAAGCAGCCAGUCAGAAUCUGGCUAACAUCACUCAGGCCUGAUCGCCUUGCCUGAAGAGCGGAGCCUUCCCCGGCUGAGGGCUGAGAGUGUCCUCCAUGUUUUAUAAGUGUUGACAUAACAGUGUGUCAGGCAGCCAUGCAUCCACAGAGCUUGGCUGAAGAGGAAAUCAAGACUGAGUCCGAUGUACUAGAAGGGAUGGAGGUGUCCGUGCCAACCAAAGUCCCUGACCCCCCAGGGUCAGCGGAACGGGUGCUGGUACCUCAGAAAAGGAAGGUGUCGAGUCCCACCCAUUCCUCCAAUGGCCACUCCCCGACCGACACCUCCCCAAGCCCCGUGAAAAAGAAGAAGAAACCUGGAGCCAUGAGCUCUCACAACAAAGACCAGUCAGAGCUAAGGCACGGCCCCUUUUACUAUGCCAAGCAGCCGGCACUCACCACAGACCCUGUUGACGUUGUACCGCAGGACGGCAGGAACGACUUCUAUUGCUGGCUGUGCCACCGCGAGGGUCAGGUGCUCUGCUGUGAGCUCUGCCCCCGGGUGUACCACGCCAAGUGCCUCAAACUGCCCGCCGAGCCUGAGGGCGAUUGGUUCUGUCCAGAGUGUGAGAAAAUAACCGUGGCAGAAUGCAUAGAGACCCAGAGCAAGGCCAUGACCAUGCUCACGAUAGACCAGCUAUCCUACCUGCUUAAGUUUGCCCUCCAGAAGAUGAAACAGCCAGGGACGGAGCCCUUCCAUAAGCCUGUGGCUUUGGAACAGCACCCAGAUUAUGCAGAAUACAUCUUUCACGCAAUGGACCUUUUCACCCUAGAGAAGGUACUUAAUGUCAAAAAGAAGAUGUAUGGCUGUACUGAAGCCUUUCUGGCUGAUGUGAAAUGGAUCUUACACAAUUGUAUAAUUUAUAAUGGAGGUAAUCACAAACUAACCGCAACAGCAAAGGUCAUUGUUAAGAUUUGUGAACAUGAGAUGAAUGAGAUAGAGGUCUGUCCAGAGUGCUACCUGUCGUCCUGCCAAAAAAGGGAUAACUGGUUCUGUGAGCCAUGUAGCCCGCCCCACCCUCUGGUGUGGGCUAAGCUGAAGGGCUUCCCGUUCUGGCCGGCUAAAGCACUGCGGGAGAAGGACGGCCAGGUAGACGCACGCUUCUUCGGUCAACACGACAGGGCUUGGGUGCCGCUCAACAACUGCUACCUCAUGUCCAAAGAAAUCCCGUUCUCGGUGAAGAAGACCAAGAGCAUCUUCAACAGCGCCAUGCAGGAGAUGGAGGUCUACGUGGAGAACAUCCGCAGGAAAUUCGGCGUCUUCAACUACGCGCCGUUCCGCACGCCCUUCACCCCCAACAACCAGCUGCAGAUGCUGCUGGACCCGUCCAACCCCGGGGCGGGCACCGUGAAACUUGAGAAACCGGAAAAGCUGCGCCUCAACUUUGACAUCACCAUUUCCCCCAAGAUGCUCCUGGGCAAGAGCUCGGCGCCCAGCGGCAUGAGCCGGCGCAUCUCCAUGACGGACAUGCCGCGCUCCCCCAUGAGCACCAACUCCUCCGUCCACACGGGGUCGGACGCGGAGCCGGACGGCAACGACAAGCCACCCCGGAACCUGCCGUUCCACUACAGCACGGGAGAGGAGUCCAUGGAUUUCAGCGCAUCCCCCGCCUCUUCGAAGAUAGGCCCAGCAGGCAGCGCGACGGGCAGCCCGAAGCCCUUCAACCCUGGGCUGGUGCCAAAGCAGGAGAGGACUACAGGCCCAGGGAGCAUCCUUAAUCUGAAUCUGGACCGGGUGAAGGCUGAGAUGGAUCUGAAGGAGCUGAGUGAGUCUGUGCAGCAGCAACAGCAACAGCAGCAGGGUGCGGCGGUCCUACCCACACCGAAGAGACCAAUCAGAAGCCUGGACAAGACCAUAGAAAGCUGCAAGGCCCAACUGGGCAUAGACGAGAUAUCGGAAGAUGUCUACAAAGGUGUGGAACACAGUGACUCUGAGGAUUCAGACAAAUCCGACUCCAGCGACAGCGAGUACCCAAGCGAUGAGGAGCACAAGCCCAAGAGCUCGGCCCACGAGGACAAGGAGAAAGCUGAGAGAAGGAGGCCAAGGUCCUUAGGCCAGGGGGAGGGCCCGGAGGGAGGGUCGGACACGGGGGAUAAGGUCACCUCCGAUCCCUUGGUCACAGAGAAGCCGGGCAGCAACGGCCAGGAUAGGGACCCCCAGGACAAGCCCAGGGGGCCCGGGGGUCAGCCCCCUCUGGAUACAACCAAGGCCCCAGAGGAAGGGAGGUCGGCUGCCCUUGCGUCCUCGGCAGAGCAAGACUCUGAUUCUGAAAGAGAGCUGGUGAUCGACCUGGGUGAUGAGAAUGGUGGCCGCGAUCGCAAGAGGCCCAAGAAAGAGCCUGCAACUUCUAUGGCCAAAAUGGUCAAAGAUCCUUCUGCUGUCAAGAUGGAAGGUAAAUGUCCAUUGUCUGCUGUAGCAGCCUCACCAGCACAGGAAGCUUUGAACCAAAAAGACUCCUCCCAGCCCCCCACAAUGGCUGCCCACAGCCUAGUGUCUGCAGCGGCUUCCGCUCAGACCACCACAGCCCCUGUCUGGAGCCCCCCCGCCCCCACUCCUUCCUCCACUUCGGCGUCCACCACCAGCAGCACCUCCACAUCCGUCGCCGCCGCCCCUUCAGCUGCAAAGAAACAGCGCCCUCUGCUGCCCAAGGAGGCGGGUCAGGCUGUGCCCCGCGCGGUCGUGUGGAAUCCCACGAGCAAGUUCCCCACCUCCUUCAAGAAGGUGCACGUGCAGAAAGUUCAGAGCCAGCAGCAUCAGCAGCCGCCGCAGCAGCCUGGGGAGCCGGCAGCGGUGGCGGCGCCGGCCCCGGUGGCGGCGCCGCUGCAGGCCCACAGCCCGUCACAGUCACAGCAGCAGAACUCCUCGUCCAGCAGCCGCUACCAGACCAGGCAGUCCGCUAAAGUGAAAGACCCCCCUCAUAGCACUUCAACCUCGUCUGCUACGCCCACCACUGCUGGCGGGGCCAGCUCCACCUCCUCCUCCGCCGCCUCCUCCUCCUCCUUCCUGAUUGGAGACCUGCAGAUCCCCACAGGCUCAGCUGACGUGGCCGCAGACAUAGCCAAGUACACAAGCAAAAUGAUGGACACAAUAAAAGGGACAAUGACGGAGAUCUACAACGACCUUUCCAAAAGCACAUCAGGAAACACAAUCGCUGAGAUACGACGGUUACGGAUAGAGAUAGAGAAGCUGCAGUGGUUACAUCAGCAAGAGCUGUCUGAGAUGAAGCACAAUCUGGAGCUGACUAUGGCGGAGAUGCGCCAGAGUCUGGAGCAGGAGAGGGAGCGGCUGGUGGCCGAGGUGAAGAAACAGACGGAGUCGGAGAAGCAGCAGGCGGUGGACGAGACCAAGAAGAAACAAUGGUGCGCCAACUGCAGGAAGGAGGCCAUCUUCUACUGCUGCUGGAACACCAGCUACUGCGACUACCCCUGCCAGCAGGCCCACUGGCCGGAGCACAUGAAGUCCUGCACUCAGUCAGGUCGGCCCAACUCCACAGCUCCACAGCCGGAACCCGAGACAGAGCCCAGCUCCGACCCUACGGCCAAGCCUCCGACUCACCCCCCCGCCACGCAGACACUUCCCUCCGCCGCUGGGUCGAUACCAGACAAAAACUCCUCCCCCCGAUAUUUGGAAAAAAGCAAGGACACUGCGGCUGGAGUUACUGUAACCUAAUUAGACACUAUGUACACAUACGGUUUUUCCUUUUCAAUAUGGCCGCCACGGGCACCACAAGACGAAAAAGCGCAAUGUGUAAACGCCACGCAUUGCAUCACUGUAAAAACGGAAAGAAAAAUGUGUUAAUUUCCCCAGCUCCUGUGUUGCCUGUUUUGCUUGGGGAUUGAAUAUUUCAAAUAAUCCAAUAACUUGGAUUUUCACAAAUGUUUGUAAAGUGGGGCUCACUUCGUAACUCUCUUAAACAUGUAUGCUUGUAUAUUUUUGGACAAGAUAUUUUUUGGGAGAUUUAAUGGCUUUGUUACCAGCUCAUUUCUGACCUAAGAAGGAAGAUUGUAUCAAACAAUUGAACAUUCAUUACAUGUCAUCAGUGCAGUACCAGUGUACUUAAUGGUUAUAAAACAAAUGUUUUCAAAGCAGCCAAAAUAAAAGUGAACCCAACUGCUGGGGUGCCAAUAUAUAUUUUCAGUAAUGUAACGUUCACCCACUUUCUCAUUUACCAAUAUUGUCUAAUAGCAUUUACAUUGACUCAUGUUUUCCAAUGUUGUUCGCCUCUGUACACAUACAAUUAUGUGAUUAUAAAAAUAAUCAAAACAUUUUAACUGUACAAAGCUUUUUUGUAAUAAGAAACAUGAACAAUAUUUAUAGUGUUAUGAUUGUUAUGGGAUGUUUAAUCAAAUCACAUUUCUAUGUGUCUAAAAGCAAAAAAUGUUUAGGAUAUACGUUUACUUGAGAUGAUUGUCACCACAAAGAGCAAAAUCUAUUCAACGUAAAAAAAAAAAGUGUUAAACAGUCUUAUAAUGGGGUAAGUGGAUACUGUAUUUGUGAGCAUGUCUUUUUAUAUUUUGUCAUGUUCUCGUUUACAUAUUGUACAUAGAUUAAAUGAAUUGUUGAAGUAUAAUAAAACUGGGCAGAAUGGCUCUGACUACCUUUGUGUGUCAGGUAACAGUUAGUGAAAGAAUGUUAUUCUGGUCGAAUAGGUACGAUUUGUUUUUAUUACUUGUAUGGUGGGAUUUAAAAUAAAAGUUCAACAGACAUAUUUGAAUGAAAUAUUCACGAACAAUUAUUUAACGGUCAGUAAUGUUUUAGUCUUCACUCACGUCAACAUGUGAUCAGUUCACGUGUGAACGAGACUGACCGUGGGAUUGUGAUCAAAUCACGUGUGAACAAUAAUCUUACCGCGAGACUGAGCGCACUAAGCAUUGGAAAUGGAAGGCGAUGCGAGCUAGCAGAAGACAUUUGUGUGUUUCGGAAAUGUAACAUUUGUACUUAAGGUAUGGGCUUAAUUUAAGCGAAUAUUUCUGAAACACAGCCUAGUGUCCGGUACAUGUUUUGAAAACCCGUGUUUGCAGAGCAUUAUUGGAUCACGGGAGCAACUCCAACAGUUAGCCUUGCUGCUGAGAACAAUGUACUACUGCCUACGAAGAACAGUCGGCCAGAGGACGCAGCUCCCUGUACUAGGACUUUCGUAUUUUACUAGGUGUGGCGUGGUUACGAUAUAAAACAACAUUGCUAACAAUUCAUGCCUGUUGGUUCAAACUAGUGCAGCAGGACGUUGGCCAACUGAGGUAAAUUAUUCACUCUCGAUAGCGUCUUGCUGCCAAAAUGCUUCACGCAAACCUGGUUUGGGAAAGUACAAGGCCUUGCUGACAUUGCAUCGCUAAACACCUGGAUAGCUUGCCUUAAAUACAAAUAAGUCUGUGUCCGAAGUUUAGAUGAAUUCUGGGACUUGUUAGCUAAUGUUUAGCUGACUGGACGAGAGCAGGUCGGAUGAAUCCACAUUGCAGCCCGGACGCUCCCUUCGGAGUUUACAUCUUAUGUAUCUUUUCGAAAUGAUGGACCACGGCUGUUUGCGCGUCUUUUUAUUUGAAAUGGCAUAUUGUCCAUUUCUUGGUUAGAGGAAAAUAUAAAACAAAACGCAGACAUGGUUAGCAAUUGUCUCGUUUCAGUUUCAUAAUAGUUAGCCUAACAUUUAUAUCCUAUAACGUUAACUAGCUUAGAUGUUGAAGGCUACCACAAAAGUCGAUCCAGAUUAUAUAACGAAUUUAUUCAUACGGAAUCAUCUGUUAUAACAAAUACAUAAUUUAUGUCAUGAACCACAGAAAUUGUUAAUAUAGUCCUCAUAACAUCAUAACAUAUCCCUUUCUGAAUCAUAUACGGUACAUCACGUGCACAUGCAGUGUAGGGUUUUCAAUUUCAUACUGUUAGCCUAGCAUUUAUAUUAUAUAACCAUCUUAGAUGUUGAACACCACCAGGGUGGAAAUAUAUUAUUAAGCCCUACAAAUAAUUCAUGCAUCUCAUCUCUUUAAAACAAAUACCCAAUCGUAAAAUAGAGAAAUAGUGUAUUUAUAUAUAAUAUAUCCCUCAUAAGACUGGAUUUCCCUUUCAGCAACAUGUACAUCGAACAAAAUCAUGCUGAAUAUUUUUAAAUGAUCUUGUGAUAUAAAUUAUAAAUUGGCAAAUACAAAUACCCAAUCUAGUAUUUGUUUUUUAUGUUGUUACUUGCCUCCACCUUUUUGGCCUGUGUCAUAUAAAGAACAAUUGUUUUAUUGUGUAGUAACUGAGCCACAACUAUGUACACUACCAUACAAAACGUAUAGGGCACAACAUACAAGUACAUUACAUUUAUUGAACCUAUAUGUUGACAAGCAUGCCUUUUUACAAUACCUCAGCUGCCAUGGAUGCCAGUCUGGAAACAGAACAAGACAACAUUGCUGGUGAUCACAAGUCAGGUAAAACAAAAUGUCAGUUGAUAAACAACAAAAUGAAAAUAUUUUAUUUGACAAGGUAGAGCUAGAUCAAGGUAUAACUCUUGUGGAAUAUAAGCGAGAAAAGAGAUUAACUUAAUUUCCCCUGUUCUAUAGAGCAACAAGGUGAUCUGGAACACCAAAUUGGGAUAUCAGAAGAUACAGAUAAGACUGCUCGUCCUAGCCUCUCAGAAUUUAAAAAGUCUUGGGGCUUCAGGCGGACAACUGUAGCCAAGAGGGAGUUCAUGGAGGAAAUCAUUGACCUGGACCCUAACCCCAUUCGCAGGGGCAGGAGUCGCCGCACCAGGCAAACACGCCAGCCCGCUGUAGACCCUGAGCCCCCCCCAAAACCUAGCCGCUCAGCCAGUUCAGUUAUAGACAACCUAGAAUGGUCCGCUCCCUCCUCGCCUGUGGAUACACCAGCCGCAGAGGCCUCCACGGGAGGGGCGCUGGACCCCAGCUUAUGGCAGGACUUUGGCUCUGCUUUCCACACUGCCUUCUCCCUUCUCGGUGGGAAUGAGGACACGCCAAUGGACAUGGCAGAUCCCCUGCCAGGCCCUGAUGAUACUUGCGCAGUGGAUUUUAGUGAAACCCUUAGCUCAGCCGGGGCCGAGCUACCCGAGAUGGGAGCAGACGGUUCUGACAGUGUGGAAGGGGCUGAGGAUCCUGACCCCCCUGAGUCUUCUCUCGUGGGCGUGGCGGGGGAUGAAAACCAGGAAGUGCUUAUGAUCUCCAGUCAAGAAGAUGACAGCGACAACUUGACUCUCCUGCAGCUGAAGGAACAGCUGACAUCCAAAGGCCGAACCGGCCGUGGAGGGAGAGGGAAGGCCCGUGGGAAAGGUAGGGGGAGAGGGCGAGGUA